AUGUUUGGAAAGCAACCCAAAGCUGUUGUAAUUGAUGGAGACAAAUCUAUGCGUGCAGCAGUAAAGGUUGUGUUUCCUAAUGCUACUCAUAGGCUUUGUGGAUGGCAUAUUCAGCAAAACUGUCUUGAGAAAAUUAAGAUUCCAUAUUUCUUGAAUGAAUUUAAGACUUUGAUUUAUGGGAAUUUCACUCCAGAACGUUUUGAAACUAAAUGGCUGCAAGUGAUUGAAAAGUAUGGUAUUGGUGAGGAAAAAUGGAUUAAACAGAUGUAUGAAACUAGGCAGAUGUGGGCAACUGCGUUUAUGCGAGAGAAUUUUUUUGCCGGUAUUAGGACUACCUCCCUAUGUGAAGGCAUUAACUCAUUUAUUAAGAGCUAUGUGCUGUGCAAAAAUAGCAUCCUUGAUUUCAUUUAUAACUUUGAGAGAGCUGUGGAGGAGUAUAGGCAUAAUGAGUUAGCCUCUGAUUUCAAGUCAAGAUAUGGUGAGCCUGUCUUGAUUACUGCUUUGAGUCACAUUGAACAAGGAGCAUCAAAGUUGUUGACAUUGAAUAUGUUUAGGGAAAUGAGACAUAUGAUUCAACGAGCACUUAACCUUAAUCUUGUUGAACGAUCAGAGAUUGGUACCACAGUGAUGAUAAAGUUUAGCAUUUGUCGUCAUCCAAACACUCAGCUCAGUUCUUGGUGGCUGAAGACUGCAAAGGCUGAUUCAUUACAAUCUAUCCCUGCUAUGGAGGUUGAUACUGAUAGAAUGAAAACGCUGCAUAGAGGUGCAAUUUCUGUUGCAUGCAACUUUCUGAGUGAAUAUAGUGCUGAUGACUCUUCUGAUUUCUCAAAUAUUAUCGAGGACAUAUACAAGCUUGUCAUGAAAUUUCAGAAACGUUGUCAUCCCAAUUCUGCUGCAAUCAAUUUAUUUGUCAUUGGUGACCCAGCUGUUGUCAAAACAAAGGGCGCUCCACGGAAGAAGAAGUAUAAGAAGACGAAAAGGCUAUGCUCUAAUUGCAUAAAGGGUGGCCACACAAUCAGGACAUGUCCUACAUUAUUUGAGGGUAAUGAAGUUGGAGAAAGUGUUGCAGAUGCUGAAGAAGAUGAAGAUUCAUCUGUGGAAAUUGAUGGUGAUAACACUGCUGAUACUCCUGUGUUAUCAUUAGGAGGAGAUAAUGGAGGACCCAGUUCAAUGAGUACAGUGGGAGAUAGAAGAACCCAAAAGGAUGUUAAACGCAACACUGGAAGUUCCCAAGCUAUGGUGUCACCAACUAUUGAGCAACCUCAAUCUGAUAUUGAAGCCCCUCCAAUGAGUUUCCCCAGUGGGUUCAAUUUGUUUCCCCAAUUCCCUGCGAGCCAGAUUUUACAAUCUUUACAUCCUUUUGCUUCAUACCAGCAAUCGCCUUAUGGCACUCAGUAG